CUUGGAAUUGAUUCUGGUAAAUAGCAAUUUACCGCAGUCAAUUCCUAACUCCAGGUUCAAUACAAUUAAGUACCCGAUCCGGUGAUUGAACUCAAGACAUUAGCAGAUGUCGUACCGCGUACGCUAUAGGUACUACAACUACGCCACUGAGAAUUUCAUUUACGUAAUAAUUAACCAGGGUUAUCAUUAUCACUUUAAUUACUUAUAAACAAUUGUAUAUCGGUCAUAAUGGUUAAGAAUAUUUAACCAUUCGAGCUAACAGUGAGAUUCUGUUUAGUCGUAUAAUUUUUUUAUCUUAUACCAUCGAGGAAUUUUACUAUGAAGGUGAUAAUCACAGGUGCCGCCGGCUUUCUUGGAUCACGAGUGGCAGACUUCUUGUUGAACGAAUCUUCUCUAAGCGUCACAAAGCUGGUGCUAGUAGACGUUACAAAACCGCAAUCUCGUCCAGAUAUACGCGUGCACACUUUAGCAAUUGAUUUAGGUGCAGAAAGCGCUGCCGAAGAUCUCUUGUCUGAUGGAGCCGAUGUACUAUUUCAUCUCGCGGCCGUUGUGAGCGGUCAUGCUGAAGCCGAUUUUGAUCUCGGACUACGAGUAAACUUCGACGCUACGAGGAAUCUUCUGGAGGCAGCGCGACGCUAUGCACCUGCCCUUCGAUUUGUGUUUACGAGCACAGUAGGCGUGUUCGGUGGGACUCUACCGCAAGUUGUGGACGAUUUUACAGCAACAACGCCACAGAACUCUUAUGGUAUAGCUAAGGCAAUGAGUGAACUGCUUGUGAACGAUUACUCUAGACGCGGAUACGUAGAUGGGCGAGUGGUGCGACUGCCCACCAUAAGCGUCCGAGCAGGAAUAGCAAACAAGGCUGUGACGUCGUUUGCAAGUGGCAUCAUUCGUGAGCCUCUCAAUGGGGAGCGAUCGAUAUGUCCUGUGCCGUUAGAACAAGAGCUUUGGCUCAUGAGCCCCGGAACAGCUGUGCAAAACAUAGUACACGCGGCGACAUUGUCAUCGUCAGAGUUUGGUCCCUGGCGCUGUGUUAACUUGCCAGGUUUGUGCGUUGCAGUGCGCGAUAUGGUGUCAGCACUUCGCACCAUAGCUGGGGACCAAGUUGCAGCUUUAGUAACAUACGAGAUUGACGAAAAUAUUAGUCGUAUGGUUGCUUCCUUCCCGAGUAAAUUUAAUACUUCUCGUGCACUAAGCCUUGGAUUCGUAAUGGAUACUAAUUUCGUAGAUGUCAUCAGAAAUUAUAUUAAGUACGAUUUAAAUAAACCUAUAAACAACUGAA